UAUCCAAAGAAGAAGACGAGCUACGGCAUUAGUGCGCCAGUGUCAAGUAUAAUAAGCUACAACAAUCAGAAGGACCCAAACUUCACUACAACCUUUAUAACUGAGGCAAAAUGCCUCGUUAUGCACAGAUAGUGAUGGGCCCGGCGGGUAGCGGUAAGAGUACCUACUGCUCCACUAUGAUCCAACAUUUUGAAAGCCUAAACCGCUCAGUUCAGGUGGUGAAUUUGGACCCUGCAGCUGAGUACUUUGACUACCCAGUGAUGGCAGACAUCCGUGAACUCAUCCAGGUGGAUGAUGUGAUGGAGGACGAUUCUCUGAGAUUUGGUCCUAAUGGAGGCCUUGUCUUCUGCAUGGAGUACUUUGCCAACAACUUUGACUGGCUGGAGGAAAGCCUGGGUCACACUGAGGAUGACUACAUAUUGUUUGACUGCCCAGGUCAGAUUGAACUUUACACACACCUCCCUGUGAUGAGGCAGCUGGUAGAGCAGCUCCAGCAGUGGGAGUUUCGAGUUUGUGGGGUCUUUUUGGUAGACUCACAAUUCAUGGUAGAGUCGUUUAAGUUUAUCUCAGGAGUCAUGGCUGCCCUGAGUGCCAUGGUGUCUUUAGAAAUUCCCCAAGUAAACAUCAUGACAAAAAUGGACCUGCUUAGUCCCAAAGCCAAGAAGGAAAUCGAAAAGUAUCUGGAUCCAGACAUGUACUCAUUGAUGGAAGAUAACUCUGAUACCAUUAGAAGCACAAAGUUUAAAAAACUAACCAAAGCCAUUUGUGAUCUGAUAGAUGACUACAGUAUGGUAAGGUUUCUGCCUUUUGACCGUACAGAUGAGGAAGGUAUUAACAUUGUACUGCAGCACAUUGACUUCUCCAUACAGUAUGGAGAGGACCUGGAGUUCAAGGAACCUAAGGAGGUUGAUGAAGAGCCAGCUAACCUAAAUUAUGAUGAGAUAUUUCAGGAUAAAGUCAGCAGCUGACAAGUGAUGGGAUUCUCUGGAACCUGGAAAAAUGGACUUUGUAGAUGAAGGUCGAGAAAGAAGUUAAACUUCAGAUUUGCAUCUGACUGCAUGAAUGUUGAGAAAUGGACAUGAGUGGCGUAAUACUUACUUUGGACUUGCAUAUUCAUAUUUAAAAGAUUUUUUUUCUGUAUUUGUAACUCACUUAAAAAAUCUACAAAUUUUAUUAUUGAAAGACAUCAUAGACGUUUAAAGACUGUUAUAGAAAUAGAUGGCAUAUUUUUUAAAUAAAAUAUUACACAUUGUA